GCCGCUAUUAUCCCUUUUAUUCUAGAGUCGGUUCUCUCUCUCUCAUCACUCUCUCUCCGCCGCUAUAAGCUCUCUUAUACACCUUCAUCAUUUCCUCAUCUCUCCCAGUCUUUAUCCAUUACCAUCUCUCCCAGAAAUAUCUCUCCCGUGUAGUUUGAGUCUCUCCAGAAGUGAUCAUUUCAGCUGUUUCUAGAUCAUAUGCUGUGAUCACUCUAUCCAGAGGGCGAAUCACAUAAGUUACUUUUAAGUUACUUAAAUCGAGUCUAAUUUGUUGAAGUUGAUCUCUCGGAAAUGGCGGAUUCAAGUGACAGAGGCUCGGACUGUGAUGAAAACAUUACCAAAGCUUGUGAUAAAGUUGUGCGAGAUGAAGCCCCAAAUCAGGGGGCUAAAACUUGUGCUGAUUGCGGAACUACUAAGACCCCUCUUUGGCGAGGCGGUCCAGCUGGCCCCAAGUCGUUGUGUAAUGCUUGUGGGAUCAGGAGCCGGAAGCGAAAGAGGGCUCUGAUGGGUCUGAGCAACAAAGAAGAGAAGAAGCCCAAGAAGAACAACUCGAAUGCGAGUACGAUAACCAGCAGCGACGGAUCAUCUAGCAAUAACGGCGAAGACGUAGUGGAGAGGAGGUUUUUGUGUGUGGACAGUGAGAACGUUUUGCAGAGGCCAAGAUCGAGCAUGUGCAAGAAGAGGAGGAAGUUUGGGGAAGAGGAGAGGCGAGCUGCGAUGCUUUUGAUGGCUUUGUCUUGUGGUUCGGUUUUUGCUUAUUAAUGAAAGAUCUUGGUAGUAUCUAGUAGUGUGUUAUGUUUAAGUGUUGAGUCAUAUGUUGUAGGGGUUAGGUUUGAUGGAUCCUUGUUUGUAAUAGUUUUGGAAUGAUGAUGAGAGGAGAAACAAGGGUUAUGAGAAAUGGGAAAACUGAAUUGUCCUAAA